UGACAUAUUUCCGUGGUUUUUUACUGUUCUAAGUAUAUUUUGGUGGUGUAAAUAAAGAGUUAAUUGUUCCUCGUGCGGAUAUACUCAUACUGGUAAUUAUAAAAAAGCAGUGAAAAUGGUGUUGUCGUGUCGGUUUUACAAAGAAAAGUAUCCAGAAGUGGAAGAUGUAGUAAUGGUAAAUGUACGCAGUAUAGCUGAAAUGGGAGCAUAUGUACAUUUACUGGAAUAUAAUAACAUCGAGGGUAUGAUUCUCUUAUCUGAAUUGUCCAGAAGACGUAUCAGGUCUAUUAAUAAACUCAUUAGGGUAGGAAAAACUGAGCCAGUUGUUGUUAUUCGAGUUGACAAAGAAAAAGGUUAUAUCGAUCUUAGUAAACGUCGUGUAUCAGCCGAAGAUGUGGAGAAAUGUACAGAGAGGUAUGCAAAAGCAAAAGCUGUUAAUUCAAUUUUAAGACAUGUCGCGGAAUUGUUACAUUACGACAGUGAUGAUCAAUUGGAAGAACUAUAUCAAAAGACUGCAUGGCAUUUUGAAGAAAAGUAUAAGAAGCAAAAGGCUUCUGCGUAUGAUUUCUUUAAACAAUCAGUUCUGGACCCAUCUAUUUUAGCAGAAUGUGGUCUUGAUGAACAUACAAAAGAAGUAUUAUUGAAUAAUAUUAAACGAAAAUUGACUUCUCAAGCAGUUAAAAUUCGAGCAGACGUAGAAGUAGCUUGUUAUGGUUACGAGGGUAUUGAUGCAGUGAAAGCUGCUUUAAAAACUGGCUUAGCACUUUCUACAGAUGAACUUCCAAUUAAAAUUAAUUUAAUUGCACCGCCAUUAUACGUCAUGACCACAUCGACACCAGAGAAACAAGAUGGUUUGAAAGCACUGAAUGAUGCUAUUAAUGUUAUACAAACUAAAAUAACAUCACUUGGAGGUGUAUUUAAUGUUCAAAUGGCUCCAAAAGUCGUUACCGCAACGGAUGAAGCAGAAUUGGCUAAACAAAUGGAACGAGCUGAACUUGAAAAUGCAGAGGUUGCCGGUGAUGAUGACGAAGAAGAAGUAGAAGGAAUGGACGGUUUUAGCGGUGGCGAAGAUGCGGAAGAUGAUAAAAAACCUGGCAAUGAGUCCCAAGAAGAAGAAUAAACGCAUAGAAUAAAUUUAUAAAUCCCACUUUUCAUUAAGUGACAAUUAUUUCCAAGUCAGAACCAUACUUUUGGAAGUAUGCUACUGCCUUGCUGGACAUUACA